AUGGGGGCCACAGGCUAUGGCUACUACCGGACAGCCAUCUUCCUCUGCAUGUUCAUCGGCUACGCGCUGUACUUCUUCAACAGGAAGACCUUCUCCUUCGUCAUGCCCUCUGUGAUGGAGGAGAUUGAACUGGACAAAGAUGACUUGGGUAUGAUCACCAGCAGCCAGACUAUGGCCUACGCCAUCAGUAAGUUCAUCAGUGGCGUGCUGUCAGAUCAGAUCAGUGCACGCUGGCUUUUCUCCAUCGGCCUCUUCUUGGUGGGGGGCAUCAACAUAGCCUUCUCCUGGUCCUCCACUGUGCCCAUGUUCUCACUUCUCUGGUUCAUCAACGGCCUGGGACAAGGCUGUGGCUGGCCCCCGUGUGGCAAGGUUCUGCGCAAGUGGUUUGAGCCGUCCCAGUUUGGAACAUGGUGGUCUGUGCUGUCCUGCAGUAUGAACCUGGCCGGGAGUCUGGGUCCAAUCCUGGUCACUCUGCUCCUGCAGUACUACGACUGGAGGACUAUUCUAACCAUGUCAGGCGCUUUCUGUGCUGCCUUCUCAUUUGUUUGUCUAGUGUUUGUAAAGAAUGAGCCGAAUGAUGUGGGCCUGCCCAGCAUCCAGACAGCAGCCAAGAAGGGGGCUAAGGGAGGCAACAGCGAAAGCACCCUGAGUGAGUUCCUCCUCUCUCCCUUCCUGUGGGUGCUGUCUCUGGGCUACCUGGUGGUGUUUGGGGUGAAGACGGCUGCGACCGACUGGGGACAGCUGUUCCUCAUGCAGGAGAAAGGCCAGACUGUUCUCAUGGGCAGUACCUACAUGAGUGCCUUGGAGGUGGGAGGUUUUGUGGGUAGCCUCGCAUCAGGCUUCAUCACUGACAGAGCUGUAUCUCGGCAAGGCUUGGGCACCCAUGGCAACCCUCGCCACGGCCUGCUCAUUUUCAUGAUGGCCGGUAUGUAUGUGUCCAUGUACCUCUUCAGAGUCACCAUCACACCUGAAAUCCCAGAGGAGGCUCCUCUUUGGGUCCAAGUCAUUCAUCCCAUUUCUGUCCUCAUUGGUGUGUCAGAAAAAGAGAUCUGGAUCCUCUUCCUCGGUGCUCUGUUUGGAUUUUCUUCUUAUGGACCAAUUGCCUUGUUUGGGGUGAUAGCCAGUGAAAGCGCUCCUUCAAAUUUCUGUGGAACCUCUCAUGCUGUUGUAGCUCUGAUGGCUAAUGUGGGGGCUUUUAUGGCCGGCCUUCCCUUCAGCACUAUUGCCAAACAAUACAGCUGGGACAUGGCUUUCUGGAUAGCUGAGGUGAUAAUGGCCGUUGCCACUGUUGGCUUCUUCCUCGUACGCAACAUGCGCACCAAGAUGGGACGGAUCGCCGAGAAACUGGACUAAUGUACCUUACUGAAAUGAGCCUACUGUCUAUGUCCCGUUAUAUGACUGGAUGGACUGUGUUCUCACACUGUUGAUGGCUCUGUAUAGAGAAGACUGCACAUUAAUACAACUCCAAUUUGACCAAACAAAACCACUAUCAAACACACACUAAUCUCAGACAUUGUCUCCUGAUUAACUGGGUUGAUGUAGAUGCUCAGGGUCAGUGUGAGUCUUUUAAACCAGUGGUUCUUAACAUUUUUGGUAUCAAGGACCCCCACAUUGAUACACAUCAGGCUGCAGACCUGUAUUUGGUAAAAUGUAGUAUCAGGGAUUCCCAUCUGAUAAGAUUUACUUAUUUCAUAACUAGAUUGGCAGAUUAAAAGUGAAGAGUGUGAAAUUUAUGAACAGUACAGUCAUGCUUAUAUAUUCACUUAUUUGUCAAACUUCUUCUUCAGUGAAAUAGUAUUUAUAAUAUAUAUGAAAAUAUUUUUUCUGAGGACCCCCUCAGGGACCCUUGGUUGAGAACCCCUGAUUUAAACCAGUUUAGAUUCAUAGUCAGGUACUUCUGUCCCACAUACUAUACUGAUCUUUUUCCUCAUUCACCAGCACAAAGAUAGCGUAGAUGAUAAUUGUUCAUUACAAGCUAACAUUUUAAUGCUUCCACUUAAGGGUGUUUUCAUGUCAAGAACAUCUAAAGGUUAUGAGAGCUUUAUGCUGCAAAACCUGGACAUGAAGAGUAGAUUUUGUGGAGAUAAAGUGGGUGUGUGCUGCUCUCUGCAUACCUUGCCUUUAGUGGAGGUCAGUUAUAUCUAACUUAUUGAAUGUGUACUGAUGGGCCUGUAUAUUCUAGCCUAGUAUCUGUCUAGGUAUUCGCACAAAUGUGGUAGCAUGUCAUUUCACUAAUACUGCAAGUAUUUAUAAAAAUGUACCAGGCUCAUUAUGUCACUGAAAUGAAGUAAUCAGAGAUCAUGAUAUUUUUAUACACAGUUCUGUGCUUCAUGGUAGAGAGUAUAACACUCAUGCAGACUCUUUAGACCAUGUCAGCUUUUGUGAUCUGACAUGUUUUUUUAAGAUCAGUCAACAUCACACUUUUGCUACAGGUGUUUUGUCACUACCACUGUGGUUAUAUACAGUAGUUACAAUGCUGGAUUAUAUACGGUUACCUUUCUCAUCUCUUUAAUUUAAAUGUGAGUUUUGUCAACUCCAAUAAUAAUGGGUCUGCACUCAGUGCCAUGUUGGCAUGUCUAGAUCUUACUGGAAUUAUACGGAUGACAUCUAAUAAAUGUGAAGUUUUCUUUG